AUGUCUUCGACUUCUGUGGGCCCUCCUGUGGACCCCAAAUGGGCGGCCGAAAACAACCUUCCUCGCCUUCUCGCAUUGACGGGCGUUUUCCAUAUCGCCGCAUUGAUUAGUGUCGGCCUCCGAAUAUUUGUCCGUGUGGGCUUACUGCGGUCGUUGGGGAAGGACGACAUUGCCAUUGUGCUCGCUGCUCUUGCAGCUCUGGGUGGAUGGAUUUGCUUCAUUCUUCAGGGAAACCAUGGCUUUGGACGACAUGCUAAGACGGUUUCCAAGGAAGAUAUGCAGGAGUUCAGUCACAUCGGCUUCUUUGGCAGUAUUAUUUCCGCCAUUGGUGCCCUUGGGUUGUUGAAGAUUUCCAUCGCUCUCUUCCUGUUGAGACUGAAAAACAACAACAUGUGGAAGUGGUAUUCGCGCUGUCUGUGGGCACUGAUAGCUUUGGUAACAAUCUACACGAUCGGCGCAUGGCUCACCUUCUUCCUGUAUUGCAAGCCCAUGGAAGCAAUGUGGACCAGGCAAGGUGUCUGCUACAGCCAAAAGAUGUUUGUCGCAUUCGCACUAACGAAUACUGCUUUGAACAUCUUUACUGAUGUCUGCUUUGCAACUCUGCCGAUUCCCAUCAUCUGGAGUUUACAAAUGUCUCGGACUACACGUAUCAAUUUGAUCGGUGUUCUCAGCCUCGGAUACAUUGCCGUUGCCUUGGGAAUAGUAAAAGCCAACUACCAAGUCAAACCAGACACAGACAGGACAUUCAACCAGCACCUAAACGUCUACGGCUUGUAA